UGUACAAUAGACAAGGGUGUUACAGGAGAUACUACUAUUGGAGAAGGAACAAAACUAGAUAACCAGGUACAUGUUGGGCAUGAUACUGUAAUUGGUAAAAAAUGCUUAAUAGCGUCGCAAACUGGUAUUGCAGGUUGUGUUAUUAUCGAAGAUGAAGUUACUAUUUGGGGACAGGUUGGUACGACAAGCGGUAUCACGAUAGGAGCGAAGGCUGUUAUUAUGGGACAAACCGGAGUUACUAAAUCAGUCGAAGGGGGAAAAUCGUAUUUUGGUACUCCAAUCGAAGAAUCAAGAGAA